AUGAAAGCUGCUCGUUAUUAUGGUGCAAAAGAUAUUCGCAUAGAAGAAGUUCCAAUUCCUUCAGUGAAGAAAAAUCAAAUCAAAAUUCAAGUGAAAUAUGCUGGUAUUUGUGGAUCAGAUUUACAUGAAUAUUCUCGUGGUCCAAUAACAAUUCCUUUGAAAAAACCUUAUCCAUUAAAUGGACACGAAGGUGCAACAAUUAUGGGACAUGAAUUAUCUGGUGUUGUCGUUGAAAUCGGAGAUAACGUUGAUUGUAAUAACAUCAAGAUAGGUGAUCGUGUUGUUGUUGAGCCAUUCUUUCGAAAUCCAAGUAGUUUUUAUACACAAAAUGGUCAAUAUAAUCUUUCAGAUCCAGUUGGUGGUAUUGGCAUAACAGGAAAUGGUGCUUUUGCGAAAUAUUGCGUUGUUGAAGAUUAUAUGGUACAUAAAAUACCAGAUAAUGUUACUUUUAAACAAGGCGCAUUAGUCGAACCAGCUGCAGUGGCUGUUUAUGCUGUGCAAAGUAGUGGUUUAAAAUUAGACGAAACAUGUGUAAUCUUUGGUGCUGGUCCACUCGGUUUACUUUGUCUUCAAGCUGCAAUGAUUGUCGGUGUUAGUCGCACUGCUAUUGUAGAUAUUGCUGAGAAACGUCUGGAAAAAGCGCGUGAAUUGGGUGCGACAUUAGUUAUUAAUGGAAACGAUGAUAAUGUUCCUCAACAAGUUAAACAUUUGACUGAUGGUCUUGGUGCACACGUUUAUUUCGAUGCAACUGGUGUCGAGGCAACAUUUACUACAGGUAUCGCAUCUUUGAGAAAAGGUGGUCGAGCUAUGCUACUUGCAGCAUGUGCACAAAUGGUACCGCUGAAUACAAUGGAUAUAGUUGUGCGUGAAAUAAGAAUUCAAGGAAUUCUUGGUUAUCCAAAUAUGUUUCCUCAAACAAUUCAAUUGAUUGAUCAGAACAAAAUGAAGGUUGAACGAAUUAUCACAAAAACGAUUCAAUUAGAUGAAAUAGUUAGCGAAGGAUUUGAAGUUUUAUUGGAUCAUCCUCCAGAGGCAAAAAUUCUAGUCGAUAUGGACUUAUCUUAG